CCUGUUAAUGUUACGAAAACUAUCAAUCUUCGUGAUGUUGAUCGGCCCUAAAAUUGUUUUGGAUAUUUCUUCUGUCAAUUUUCUUGUUUCAUCAAGGACUAUUAAUUAAUUAAACCAAAUUCGCUUUGUGAACCUUGAUACCGGUGCGUUACAAGUCUAUUGCUUUUUCACCGACCCUAGUCACUCUGAUUUCAAGAAAAUGUUUCGUUCAGUUUCGCGACUACCUGCAGCUGCGUUGUCAGCGAGAGUCGGAAGAAGAACAGACGGGGGAGUUCCCCCGGCGGCCCCGAGGCUCUGGCCCAGUCGACGCGGUUUGGGUUCUGAACCAAAUCCUUCUGAAUCGUCUGCGGCGGGUGCAAUCGGAAGUGCGGAUAUUAUUUAUACAGAAGAACAUAUGGAAAUGAGGAGAGCCCUUAAAAAGCUGAUUGACAAGGAGAUCAACCCAUAUGUUGACCAAUGGGAGGCAGAGAAAAAAUUUCCUGCUCAUGAGGUAAUGAAGAAACUUGGAGAAGCCGGUUUCUUGGGCAUUAGCAGACCAACAGAGUAUGGUGGCCUUGGAUUGGAUUAUACGUACUCUGUAGCGUUUAGUGAGGAGCUGGGUGGUAUAACCUGCGGAGGCGUCCCUAUGGCCAUCGGGGUUCAAACUGAUAUGGCCACUCCAGCUCUUGCCAGGUUUGGAUCGGACGAGUUGAAGAGGAAGUUUUUAGCUCCUACCAUUGCCGGUGAUAUGGUAGUAUGUCUUGGAGUGAGCGAGCCAGUGGCAGGAUCAGAUGUAGCGAAUAUUCAGACAAGAGCUGAGAAGAAGGGAGAUGAUUAUGUAAUCAAUGGUAGCAAGACCUGGAUAACCAACGGUCAUCAAGCAGAUUGGACAUGUCUUCUGGUCAAUACUGGAGAUGGACCGUCACACAAGAAUAAAUCACUCAUCUGUGUACCUCUGGAUUCUGAAGGUGUUACCAGGGGAAGAAGAAUUGACAAGUUGGGCAUGCAUUGUUCCGACACGGCGGAACUUUUCUUUGAAGAUGUGCGUGUCCCCCAGAGUAAUCUGAUUGGUCAAGAAGGGGCAGGCUUUAUUUAUCAGAUGUUACAAUUCCAGGAAGAGAGGUUGUUUGCAGGAGCCGGCGCCCUCUUACCAUUGGAUACGAUGAUAGCUGAUACCAUUGAAUACACCAAGAAUAGGAAGGUGUUCGGAAAGUCAGUACUUGACAAUCAAGUGGUUCACUUUAGAUUGGCCGAGCUACAGACGGAGGUCGAGCUUCUCAGAUCACUCCUCUACAGAGCAACAGCUCUUUAUGUCCAGGGACAGGAUGUGACCAGACUUGCAUCAAUGAUCAAGCUCAAAGCUGGACGUUUAGUUCGUGAGGUCAGCGAUGCAUGCCUGCAAUACUACGGUGGAAUGGGCUUCACGUCAGACAUGCCUAUUUCAAGAUACUACAGAGAUACAAGAUUAAUUUCUAUUGGAGGUGGCGCCGAUGAAGUCAUGCUUGGUAUCAUCUGCAAAUACAUGGGAUCUCUACCCAAAUGAAUCCAAAGACUUGGAUCAAUUGGAGGCGGAGCUGAUGAAGUGAUGCUGACCAUCAUAUCAAAGAUGAUGAACAUACUGCCUUCUUCAAAGUCAAAAUAACAUUUUUCAAAGCUUUCUCAAUCUCAACAUUUAUCCACAGUAAUUGUUGAUGGGGUGCUUUCAAUACUUUUCAAUAAUUUUCUGAUCAAUUAGGGUUUCAUAAAGCUGUUUGUAAAGUCAUGCACAACUUUACCCACGACUGGAACAUGUUCUCGGGUGCUAAGUCAUUUAUGUUGGCAUGGUAGGAAUUGAUCGUGAGAGGGUCACCAGUAUUGCAUAAAGUCAUUUGUAAGUUACAAACAGCUUUGUGAAAUGCCCACCAGGUUAGUGAUAUACUACAAAUAUACCAGACAAUGUGAGAGUUUUAUAGUGGUGAAUGUUUAUAUGAGGUCGGACAAUUACUCUUCCAAGGGAACCAAUGUGCUACUCCAACGGAGGAUGAAUGAAUAGUUAGAUUUAUUUUUGUAUCUUAUUGAAAUUUGAAUAAUAGAUAUUGGUAAUCUGGGGCCUGUUUCAUAAGGACUU